AUGACCGAAAGGCUCAAAAUAUCUGAGCUAAAAACUGAUGGGGAAGGUGACAAACCGGCCGCUGGAAAACAUACAAAAGCCAAGAAACGGAAGAGGGUUGCAGAAUAUGAUGACGACAGUGAAGCGGAAGAGAAGCCUCGCAAAGUAACUGCCACAUCGAAGGUUUCAACUUCAAAAUCAAAGUCUUCAGGAUCUGCUUCCCAACAGAAGACUGAAUCAAAAUCAAAACCUGCGCCAACGAAAGUGUCGCCUACUCCUGUAGUGUCUCAGUCAAAGCAGAAAAAAGCUUCCCCAGAUUCUCGAGCGCCUGUUGAAAAAGUGUCACAAGCUCCGGUGCAGGCAACAGCGUCACCUCCAACACCCGCUCCUCCCGCGACAUCUACCAGGCCAUCGCCACCUUUUGGACAAGUACACUCCCUGCAAUCGAACACAGCAAUUUUGGCCCAUCCUGCCAGAUCUUCCCCUGUGCCCAUCAGGACAGAUGCUCAGGUUUCUCCCGUGACUUGGUCCUAUUCGAGCCGCAAAGAGGCUAUUCGAACAAAUACUGGUUCUCAGGUCCAGUCUCCUGUUACUCCUCAUACAGAGCAUAACGCUGUGGGUUCCGUGUCGAAUCUUGACGUGAAUGGCUCAGCAGCUAUGCGUGAUCCUCGCCGUGCUGCGCCAUCUCCAGCGGCUGUCGCUGUUCUGCCACAACAAGGCCUGCACCCGCUAUAUAGCCUGGGGCAACAAUUUCAAAUCAACCCUUCGGAUGUUGAAGCCCUUUUGCGCGCGCGCAUGGACUUGUGGGCGUAUCAGUCAAUGGUUCUGGACAGGGCAUGUAACCUGUUCUGUCCUUCCAGCAUUCUCAGUGAGGCCCUCAAGCUCCGCUGUACUUGCCUAGCCCAUCACGGAAUGGGUUAUCAAACAGGACUCACCCUGCUUCGCAUCAUUCUCUCCCACCUCGGCCGUCAUCGACUGCACCAUCGACUGGAUCGUUCAAAAAUGAGCGACGAUGUGGUGAAUAUGAACGACGGGACUACUCGAGAGGCGGUGGGCCUUACGAGAAAGACUAUCGACGGAAUGAUUCCCGGCGGGAUUCGAGUGGGUGGGACAGUCAUAGAGGAAGAGAUGGCAGCUGGGGUCAAAGGGGGAGAGGUAGCGGAAGCCAUAGGUAGCAAAUGGCUCAAUAGCAAUGACCAUGGUUCAAGGCGUCAACAAGGGCGCUAG